GUGAGAAAUUUGUGUGUGAUUGUGGACACGACCGAGACACGAGGUCGCAGUCAGGGGGUUAGGUCGUAACGUGAAGAACCAUGGGAUAACGCUCCGAUGGCCAGACUUCAACACAGGAUCCGCUUGAGAAAUAUUGCCUCCAAGGUGUUAGGAUAUCAUAGUUUUUUGGGUUUUUUGGAGGGAGACUUCAUCUUUCGCAGUGUAAGAGGUAAGCUGGGAUUGUUUUUGUUGUUGUUGUUGUUUUAAUUAAAUUUUGAAAUCUCAUCUUUUUGAAUGACUAAACAGUUUAAAAGUCGAGUAUUAUUGUUGACACUUUACAUUGCCGCCACGUUGUCAAAAUAUUGACCCAGUUUUGAUGUUUGGCAACAAAAAUCAUACGCCUGAUCAAUUUUUUUUAUCGAACCCUGUGUCAUAUCUGGAGUAUGUGACAAACGGUUAUGGAGUAAAAUGGGGGGGGGGGGGGAUGCCCCUACUUAAACAUCCCUACUUAAACACCACUGACUCACACAAUCACCGAACAUAGAGCAUACAUAUAAAACUUGAGAUUCAUAAAGUAUUUGCAGUGGACCGAUAAAGUCCCAGCCACCUAUUAAAAAAAAAAAAAAUUACGCCCGGGGCGUAACGCCUCUUCCAUCCCUUCUUCAAAUACCCGCCAGUACCUAUGUUUCAUCAAGUCUAUAGGGCACUGCAACUGGGGGGGUUAUUACUUCCCUUGUCACGCAGAGUUAUCGCUCUUUACAGGGAGUACAUAGCAUUACAAAGUUGGCUUCGAACAUUGGAGAACACACAGCUUAACAAGCAUUUGAGAUCUAGCGAGUGGAGUUGUUAAUAACAUUUCUUUACUUUUAGCUGGGACACGAUCUGUUACUGUGUACACUUUUAUAACAAUAGUCUCUUAGCUUUAAAAUGAAGUAUUUAGAUCUACCACUAUGCCGGCUGCAGCAGCUUUUCAUCAAAUGUGGUCUUAAAAUGUGGAGGCGAAUUACUUUAAUGGGAAAUCAUAAUUAAUAUUUUUUAAAAAUCCCUUUAAUUUCAGCUGAACACUAUCUGUUACUUGGAUUAAUUUGAAUAUUCACCAAGUGUAUGUCGCCAAAGUUUUGUCAAGAAAUGAAACAAUUCUGUUAUGAUGUAAGUCAGAGUUUUUUGUAGAACUGGAGACCACGCGUCUGAUUAACAAGAGAACUUAAAAAAAGAAAAAGAUUUGGGGGGGGGGGGGUGGGGAGUUUCUGUAUCAGAGGCCUCGAAAAUAUUUUCAAAAUCUAAGAGGAUGGACCCCCCCCCCCCCCCCCCCCCCCCCCCCCCCCCUUCCUAAUCCGCUUCCCAAAGCUAACCAAUCUUCGUGACCUGGAUUCAUCUUUAAACAAUAUUAAUCAAUUUAUUGUCGAGGCAAUCGUUUCUGACAUACAUGAUAUUAUUUUUUUUAAAGUUUCUAACAUACUGUACUCUUAACAUUCCCAUUGAUCAAGAAUAAUGCAUAAAUUAUUAUUAUUAUUAUUUGUAUAAAAAAGAAAAUAAAAGACUAAAAAAGAAAGACGUUUCUGUUCAUUGCAAAAAUUCUCAAAUAAACAAACAAACAAACAAACAAACAAACUAGGGUUUCUGACAUUUUUUUUUUACCUCUGAUUAGGCAGGCGCCUUUUAAUUAUUAAAGACAUGUCUUUUGUUUUCUUCAAAUUAAAAAGAAAAAUGACAUUUAACCCAACACUAUAUAAUUCAUUAAAUUUUUUUUUUAAAGGCUCAAUGCCACAGUUCUAUUCUUAAUUCUUAUAACUGCAUCGUUUUCCAUAUUUCUUGCAUCUAUCCCAAAGCUGAUAUCUAAUAUCCACUCAUUUUUUUUUCUUUCCACAAUCCAAUCCACUUGGCACACGCGUUGUAUUCAGAUGAACAUACAUUACCGACACAAGCGCUUAUACUGUUGAAUGAGAGAGACAUUGCAUCUCCAAGAACCAAUACUUCAUUGACACGUUAUGUAGUCCCGUACCGGUAUUGUGUUACAUUUGUGAAAUGAGGAUGUCCUAUCUUCUUUCCUGUUUCUCUGGAUUAUUCACUAUGGCUGCGCCAGGGUCAAAAUUUGCAUGCACAUCCUUUUCAUGUGGUCCAGAUAAAAUUGAACCGUGCCUGCUUAUCAGCAGUUUACUCAGUUUUCCUUAUAGAAACUUAUACUGCGUAUACUGUAUAGGAAUGUAUAUUAGAUUAAAUUAAAACAAAUUUAUGAGCCCGAUAAUCCAAUGCAUAAACUCAUUUUUAUCCGCAUUAAGAGUUGCCACAAAUAGGUUUUGUAGAUGAGAAGUCCAAUGUGCGUUGGGGUUACCGGAAAUUUUAUCGAAAAAAAUUUCGUCGACGGAAAAAUUGAUCGAUAGAAAUUUGAUCGAACGGAUAUUUGGGCGAAUCUUUUUUCAGUUCACACAUUAAAAUUUACGUAAAAUUUCUUUUUGAACCGACUAUACUAUAUAGUAAAUCAAAAUAAUGCGUUCAAAAAUAAAUUUGACGCAAAAUUUUAACGUGUGAACUGAAAAAAAAAAUUCGACCAAAUUUCCGUUCGAUCAAAUUUCCGUCGAUCAAUUCUCCGCCGACAAAAUUUCUUUCGAUCAAAUUUCUGGAUACGGUGCGUUGGACAUUUUGUUCAUCAACUGGAAUAUCCAGUUUUAAAACCAAGUUAGGAUAUGAAGGGAUUGCGGAAGGGGCGGUCCUCUCCGGGGGGGGGGGGGGGGGCACUUUUGUUUUCUUUAAAUGGAGGGCUGCAUGUUCGGACAACUGUAGAUUUAUUUUCGUGGAAGGGGGGCAGCAAAACCCUGGGCGACACUUAGCCAUAUUACGCCACUGACAGGCAGUAAGUCAUAGCAGAUAUGGUCACAUGCUUUGUUUCGUAUUUUUUCUCUCUUAAUUUUCAGCCUCAUAGCAAUCUCCACGACCGGGAGUAGGAAGAGGAGGGGGAGCUGUGAGGCGAUUUCGUUCCGGAUGUCACUUUUGUGUGUGUGUGGGGGGGGGGGGAAUUUUCAACUCCCUUUAUAUAGUUUAUUUAGCUUAUAUUUAUGAUUAUUUUGUAUCCAUUUUUUUGUUGUUGUUAAUUAAGGAUGGCAAAGGCGUCGCAAAGUGUAGCUGAUCCUCUGUAUCGACGCCUGUAUAUAUCAUCAAAGACAUAUGCCAUAAUGUUAAUUGGUUUUUAUUUGAUACCAUCUAACAUUACCAUCUAACAUUACCAUCUAACAUUACCAUCUAACAUUACCAUCUAAAUACUACCGUCUAACAUAGCAAUCGAACACAGCCAUUUAAACACCUCCAUCUAACAUUUCGAUCUAACACUUCAAACGGACACUACCAUCUAACACUACCUUAUAACGGGGGAAUAAAAACCUCUAAAAACCUAGUUUUUAUAUAAAUGCUUUAUAAAAUUAAAUAUUGAGCAAAGGGGAUUGGGCUGAACAUUUGAUAACUCAUGCAUACAACUAUCGAACUUUAUAAGAAUCCCAAUUAGUCCCCUGCCUUAGAAAAAUCCUGAACAUCAAAUGGCCAAAUACCAUCACCAACAAAGAGCUACCAGAAAGGACGUACCAGGUUGUGCCCAUUGAUGAAUAUAUCAUAAAGAAAAGAUGGAGGUGGAUAGGGCAUACGCUCGAAAACUCCCAGACAGCAUCACCAGACAAUGCCUAACAUGGAACCCACGGGGAAAAAGAAAGAGAGGAAUGCCCAAGAAUACAUGGAGACGUGGGCUAGAGACAGACACUCAAAAUGUGUGAUACACCUGGAAGCAAUUGGAAAGGAAAGCACAGGACCGUGAUGAGUGGAAAAUUAUUGUAGACGGCCUAUGCCCCAGACGGGGUAGAAAGGCAUAAGUAAGUAAUUAAUUAGUCCCCCGUCCCCCAAGGCCCACAACCGCACAUUUUUCACGCCCCCAAACUAUAUUAAUAUUAUUCUAAUGACCCACCCGCAUUUACACCGCAGAUUUAAUUCACCAACAAUUUUAGAAAAAAAAAAAAGAAAAUAUUACGCACCAAACGCACUUGCAAUAUUAAAAAAAAAAAAUCUCAUUCAGCUAUAUCGGGUAUUUUAUUUUAUCUUCUUCUUGAAAAACAGGAAAAACUGAUUUUGAGGGUUUGGGGCUGAAAAUUCGAAUGAAUGUGUUGUCAUCGGCAACGAGUCUAUGUGCCAAGUUUCAGCUCGAUAUGAUGAUGGGAAGUGGGUCAAUUAGCCGUCCGAACGAAAAUUUAGCCAGUUCACUGCCCAGCCAGCCACGAGCAAAAGCGAAAGUUAAUAUAAAGAAUUUAAAAAAAAAAGGAUAGAGAGUCGAUUUUAUAAACGUACUUGCCUUAACUUAUUAAUGCACCAGUUUCUGUCUCCGACUUUGAUGUUUCUCAAAAUUACAUAUUAAUAUCAAAGUUAAUAUGACUGUCUGUCGACAUGAAAGUGAUAUCUGCACAAUCGCAAUUUGGCAUUUAAACGGAUACACAUAUGCACGUGCCGAGGCAAGUUUGGGUUUUCCCGGUGUUUAGCUCUGGGCGCUUGGGAAAAUUUAAAUUGUCUAAAGCGUUCCUCGGGAAACAAAAUCUAACAGUGUAUAUUUUGUUAAAUUUAGAUCUGGGCUUGUUUAAAACCUCAGGCUUGUUACUACGUCUAAUGCAAGGGUUGGUAAGUGAAAGCAAAUAAGUAAACACAUAGACUAUGUCGGAUAGAUUCCAUCUUUGAAAUGGCUGAAUCUUGUACUCAAAACGAAGGAGCCGUUGUAAAGCAGAUGCAGUGUGGUGACGUAUACUAGUUUGUGAAGCUUACCUACUGCGUACAUCCAGGCUUAAAAUAGUCCAUAAAAUAUCGUUGGUUGUAUUAAUCAAAUAUAAGCCACAACAUAAUCAGUGGCUUAGGAAGUGGAUUCGGGCGGCACGUUUUUUCUUCACAUCAUUGAGGGGCGGAAUUUUCGGAAAAAGCAGAGUUUAUUUCGUGGAUGGGGUGGCAAAAAACUUGGCUCGCCCCAGGUGGCACUUACCCCCACGCCACUAGAUAUAAGUGGUACUGCCAUACAAAAAUAAGUCAAAAAUAUAAUAGUGUUUACUUCUAUAUCGAGGGAUCACCAACAUAGCUUGAUAUCAAGUUACAAUCACACAGGAUUCUUUCAUCGCAUAUUAAGUUUCUUUCGCAACGCCACUGCUUUCCAGUAAAAUCUAUCCCAUUGUUGGAUGGCGAAAGCUCAAUGGAUUCUAAUACAGCUCCUUACAUCAUCAAAAAUGUCUAUAAUUACUUCAUUGGUUGGAUUUUAAAAUACAUGAAAGAAGACAUACCUCAAUAGUAGGCGUGUAAAAAUGUAUCGAAAAUGUCAUAUUUCAAGAAUAUUAGUAUAUACAUGUAAAAAUGUGACUUACCUUCUGUAAAUACGUCCAAUUCGGUUUAUCUUAUCUAUAUGUACUCAUUAUUGCCCAGGUUAUAAGUUUUUUAAAUUCAAGUAACAUUCUGUGCUCUGAAAUUUAAAAAAAAAAUGAUGUUAUAAUAGUUAUAUAUUUGUGCUUAAGUUAAGGACAAAUGCAUAUAUUUGAAGUCAUGGCAUACUUUAACGAAAGAAAUAAAACCUUAAAAAAAUAAUUUCUAGUUUUCAAAGAUUUUGUUUUUGCCAAACCGCCCCGUUACCUAACAAUGUUACAGCCUUAUAGUUUAGUACUGGCACUUGGGUAACUACUGUAAUUUGUGUGCUAUUAUCGUACAAUGGUUCAGACAAAUAGUUUAGUACUGGCACUUGGGUAACUACUGUAAUUUGUGUGCUAUUAUCGUACAAUGGUUCAGACAAAUAGUUUAGUACUGGCACUUGGGUAACUACUGUAAUUUGUGUGCUAUUAUCGUACAAUGGUUCAGUCUUAUAGUUUAGUACUGGCACUUGGGUAACUACUGUAAUUUGUGUGCUAUUAUCUUACAAUAGUUCAGAAUAAUAGUUUAGUACUGGCACUUGGGUAACUACUGUAAUUUGUGUGCUAUUAUCUUACAAUAGUUCAGAAUUAUAGUUUAGUACUGGCACUUGGGUAACUACUGUAAAGUUAUGUUUUAAGGUCUUAGAGCUUUAAAAUUUAAAAAAUAAAUAAAUUAUAAUGCAUUUCAUUUUUAUUACUUCAGCCAAUGUACACAGUGCACCGCGUAGAGUUUGAUACUCAUAAAAUAUGUUUGGGGGGCUCGUUCAUAAUUAUGCACAUGAAAAUAAAAUGGCGAUGACUUGUUUAUUAUUUGCUUUUUCUUAAAUUUUUAGUAGCAUUUAUUUUCAUAUCGAAAACACCAAAGUCAUAGAUCAUAGUCAGACACCCCUGUCCUAGUGGUCAGCCAUCCCAGCUCUAGUCUAUAUUAGGCCACCACAAGGCCAUAGUCAGCCACCACUGUUAAGUCCAUGGUCAUCCACCCCUGCCUUAAGUCCAUGGUCAGCCACCCCUGUCCUAGUCCAUGGUCAGCCACCCCUGCCUUACGUCCAUGGUCAGCCGCCCUUGCCUUAAGUCCAUGGUCAGCCACCCCUGUCGUAGUCCAUGGUCAGCCACCCUUGCCUUAAGUCCAUGGUCAGCCACCCCUGUCCUAGUCCCUGGUCCACCACCCCUGCCCUAAGUCCAUGGUCAGCCACCCCUGUCCUAAUCGUAGUCCAUGGUCAGCCACCCUUGCCUUAAGUCCAUGGUCAGCCACCCCUGUCGUAGUCCAUGGUCAGCCACCCUUGCCUUAAGUCCAUGGUCAGCCACCACUGUCCUAGUCCAUGGUCAGCCACCCCUGUCUUAAGUCCAUGGUCAGCCACCCCUGCCUUAAGUCCAUGGUCAGCCACAACUGUCCUAGUACCUGGUCAGCCACCGAUGUCCUAUAGUACCUGGUCAGCCACCGAUGUCCUAUUCCAUGGUCAACCACCCCUAUCAUAAGUCCAUGGUCAAACUACCCUGUCUUAAGUCAAUGUCAACAACCCCUGUCUUAAGGCCAUGGUCAACCAACCCUACCUUAAGUCCAUGGUCAACCACCCCUGUCCUAGUCUAUGGUCAGCCACCCCUGUCUUAAGUCCAUGGUCAGCCACCCCAGCUCUAGACUACCUUUAUACUCAAUAUUACAAUCUGUGACCCGAUGAGCAUAUUGUAAACAGUCGGAAUUUCAAACCCGGAUUCAAUGAUGUUAAGAUAUUUCCCUGUAAAUCUGUUUCCAGUAUUUACAUGUAGUAAAUUCUUCGUUUUAUGCUUCCAGUGGUCCUCAUGCUAUAUGCACUGCUUAUCUAAUAAUUUCAUAAUUUAAAAAGAACUUUGUGUGCUAUUAUCUUACAAUAGUUUGAUCCAGGUAAUGGAUUGUUUUUCUUUUAUUUGCACAUUUUAAUGAUUAUUUUAAAAAAAAACACUAACAUUGCGAUUAAACAAGUCUCAGUUCUCUUUGAUGUUAGUUAACAUGUCUAAAAAAAUUUCAUGCACAGCGAUUGAAGAAAUCCAUGUGCUAAACUCUAUUAUUCGUAUCUCAAAGAUCGCUUAUCUGAAUCAGGUCGAUGUAUCAUAAUUCCCGCAGAUUGAUUUCUCCAUGAAGUUUUAAGUUUGAAUUACAUACACAUGGAAACGUGAAGCCCAACAAAAAUCGUUAUUUUUUUCCCCAACAAAUAUUUUUUUUUAUUUCCUGGAAGGGGGCACCUAAUUUUAGACGUUUUAAAGCAAAAAAAAAAAAAAAAAAAGGGAUAAGUCAUGGCGUCAUGUCCUAAAAUAACUUUUCCCAGAAUAUUGCGAAUGAAGGUAGAGAGAGAGUGCAUACUUUCAGCACAGUCAUUUCAUUCAUAAACGUAUGGGAGUCCCGCAUAGUUAACUAGGAGAUGACAGUGUUCACAAGGCUUCCUUGUUGGUAAAUGGUGUGCGCAGAUCCGUGACGGUCCUGUGAUGAGUGGUCAUCACGAGGUCUGAAUGUGGCAUAACGGCUCGUGCUAAUAACCUCCAGACAAACUAUAAGGUGAGUAGAGGACAUUUGUCGUCCUCCACGGCAGCUGACCGAAAGAAAUUGCCGCUCAGGGAUGUUACGUAGAAAAGAAAAAGGAAGUGACAUUAUUUAAUGGAGCAAUACAAUUAAAUGUGACACUUUUUUUUUUAAAAGUUCUAUUUCCACAGUGGAAAUUCUAAAACUGUUGGAGUAAGAUUUAGAGUGGUAGAUCUAGAGUCACUGUCUUGACAUUGGAAUCUUACAUCAGGUCAUGAAGGGCAUUGACUUGCAGGCUUCUCAUAGUAUUUGACAAACCGACGGUGAAAUUUAAUAUAUUUGCAAAUAAUUCAAGAAAUCUCUUUUUUUUUCGUAUCCGGAAAUUUGUUUGAAGGAAAUUUCUUCGACGGAAAAUUAAACGACGGAAAUUUGAUCGAACGGAAAUUUAUUUCAGUUCACACGUUAAAAUGUUGCGUCAAAUUUCUUUUUGAACUCAUUAUUUUGUUUUACUGUGUAUUAUAGUGAGAAAGACUAAAGCAACAUUUCCAAUUUCUGAUCCUUGCGAGUGUGUGGGGAACAUUGGCAUCGAUGGCAUCUAUAAAGAACAACCUAUGAAUGACGUCAUACGUCUUAAAUAUAUUGUUACCUUACUCUCAGCCCCCAAUGCAAUUAACUUUUCGAUUCUUUAAUCUAAUUUCAGGCCUGCGAUUUUAAGAACCAAGAAGCAAAGAGCGACGUUACCAUGGGGCACGCCAACAAAGAGAAAAUGAUGAAGCAGACGGCUGACGUAGAGAUGAGCUAUGGCGUAGACGAGGACGACGCGACCAGGGGCAACUGGUCCAGAAAGAUGGACUUUGUCCUAUCCUGCCUCAGCUACGCCGUGGGUCUGGGAAACGUUUGGAGAUUUCCGUACGUCUGUUACAAAAAUGGAGGAGGUGAGUUGUACGUACAGAUAUAGAGCUAGUUGCCGCUGAUGGAUAUGAGGCUUGGGUCGGUUUGUGGCAGCCCGUGCCGAGGAUUCGAUCAUACAGCCUUUUGAGGCGACUGCUCCUAGCUAACCGUUUCGUCCCAGCUACUUAUUGAAGUAUUCACGAGGUAGUAAGACCACUUGUAGAAACCCAAUUAGAGGACGUCUGACGCCACUCCGGGAUGGGAAAUGGUGUUUUUUUGGGACGUUAUAUAACCGUCCGGGUAUUAGAAAGUUCGGUUGCUGGCGUUGCGAGAGCAGCUCUACCAUCCGACCAGACGCUCCUUGGCUGAUAUUGCCUCACUUGCUUGGGAUUCGAGUGGACAGCGGGUAGGGCAGUCUCGGCUGUGGAGUACGCUUUUCGGGGUGUUGUGGUUGGGGGGGGGGGGGGGGGGGGGGGUUGUGACGGGGGGGGGGGGGGGGGGGGUGGUGGGGGGAAGAAGGGCCUAAUGAGCUUCAGCUCGAGGGUUUGCUAUUUUUCUUAAGAAAUUAUAUUAGAUAUAAAUCUUGGAUCAUACAAUGGCACACUAAGUCAAACUGUUUGAAAUACUUUGUCAUUCAAUUGCACACUAAGUCGAACUUUGUCGAACCCACCACAGCAGAAAUGAACUUGUUCCAGUGGCCAAUACCAGCUUUUCACCGUUGGUUCCAGACGUUAAUGUCCCCAAAAAUUGUUAAAUGAUAAGAUGGUGGCUUAAUAAUGAGAACUAUUUAUAGCCCGCCCAACAUUGGGUAACAGCAGUGCGUCAACUUCCCAUCUAGUAAACCCACUUGACAAAACAUGACCUCGAGUAACGCACAUUUAAGAAUCCCAAUUUUUUCCUUCACCCCUUCCCCCCGUGAUACGUCACUACACACUUUUUAUUUCAUGCCCAAGCACUAUAUUAAUAUUCUGAUGUCCCAACCAUUUUUAAACCGAAUAUUUACUAGACCACAUUUAAAUUGAGACGACCUCAUGUUCCGAAAAGAGCUGAAAAGAUUAAGCACCAAAAGCAGUUGCGUUAUUGAAAAAAAAAAAUCAUUUUAUUUUGCGCGCUUUCCGGAAAUGGAAGCAGCCGCACCACAAGCAAAAUAUAUGUAAGAGAUAUACACCCAACCUCAUUUUGCAUUCAUGGUAGCCCUUUGUUUGCCAUAACUCAUAAAUAAGCCGGAUAUAUGUGAAAUCGUAUGAUUACCACUCUUAUUCCGUUUCCCCAUUCUUGAAACUAAGCAAUUUCGACCUUCUACUGAUAAGAACAAACUUGGAACAUUUCGUUUCCUGAGUGCACGACUUAUACACACGUCAGUCUUAUGUUGGUCAUACUUAAGUCAUACUUUAGUCCUACGUUAGUCAUAUGUUACUCAUACUUUAGUCAUACUUUAGGCGUACGUUAGUCAUACGUUAGUCAUAUGUUACUCAUACUUUAGUCAUACUUUAGGCGUACGUUAGUCAUAUGUUAGUCAUACUUAAGCCAUGCGUUAGUCAUAUGUUAGUCAUACUUAAGCCAUGCGUUAGUCAUAUGCUAGUCAAACUUUAGUCAUACGUUAUUCAUAUGUUAGUCAUACUUUAGUCAUACUUUAGGCGUACGUUAGUCAUAUGUUAGUCAUAUGUUAGUCAUAUGUUACUCAUACUUUAGUCAUACUUUAGGCGUACGUUAGUCAUAUGUUAGUCAUAUGUUAGUCAUAUGUUACUCAUACUUUAGUCAUACUUUAGGCGUACGUUAGUCAUAUGUUAUUCAUAUGUUACUCAUACUUUAGUUAUACUUAAGCCGUAGGUUAGUCAUAUGUUAGUCAUAUGUUAGUCAUAUGUUACUCAUACUUUAGUCAUACUUUAGGCGUACGUUAGUCAUAUGUUAGUCAUAUGUUACUCAUACUUUAGGCGUACGUUAGUCAUAUGUUAGUCAUAUGUUAGUCAUAUGUUACUCAUACUUUAGUCAUACUUUAGGCGUAUGUUAGUCAUAUGUUAUUCAUAUGUUACUCAUAAUUUAGUCAUACUUUAUGCGUACAUUAGUCAUAUGUUAUUCAUAUGUUACUCAUACUUUAGUCAUACUUUAGGCGUACGUUAGUCAUAUGUUAGUCAUAUGUUAGUCAUAUGUUACUCAUACUUUAGUCAUACUGUAGGCGUACGUUAGUCAUAUGUUAGUCAUAUGUUAGUCAUAUGUUAUUCAAAUGUAAGUCAUACUUAAGCCAUGCGUUAGUCAUAUGCUAGUUAUACUUUAGUCCUACGUUAUUCAUAUGUUACUCAUACUUUAGUCAUACUUUAGGCGUACGUUAGUCAUACGUUAGUCAUAUGUUACUCAUACUUUAGUCAUACUUUAGGCGUACGUUAGUCAUACGUUAGUCAUAUGUUACUCAUACUUUAGUCAUACUUUAGGCGUACGUUAGUCAUAUGUUAGUCAUACUUAAGCCAUGCGUUAGUCAUAUGUUAGUCAUACUUAAGCCAUGCGUUAGUCAUAUGCUAGUCAAACUUUAGUCAUACGUUAUUCAUAUGUUACUCAUACUUUAGUCAUACUUUAGGCGUACGUUAGUCAUACGUUAGUCAUAUGUUACUCAUACUUUAGUCAUACUUUAGGCGUACGUUAGUCAUAUGUUAGUCAUACUUAAGCCAUGCGUUAGUCAUAUGUUAGUCAUACUUAAGCCAUGCGUUAGUCAUAUGCUAGUCAAACUUUAGUCAUACGUUAUUCAUAUGUUACUCAUACUUUAGUCAUACUUUAGGCGUACGUUAGUCAUACGUUAGUCAUAUGUUACUCAUACUUUAGUCAUACUUUAGGCGUACGUUAGUCAUAUGUUAGUCAUACUUAAGCCAUGCGUUAGUCAUAUGUUAGUCAUACUUAAGCCAUGCGUUAGUCAUAUGCUAGUCAAACUUUAGUCAUACGUUAUUCAUAUGUUAGUCAUACUUUAGUCAUUCGUUAGUCGUAUAUUAGUCAUAUGUUAGUCAAUUAGUCAUAUGUUAGUCAUAUGCUAGUCAUAUGAUAGCCAUACGUUAGUCAUACUUUAGUCAUUUGUUAGUCAUACGUUCCCCGAGAGCAGUGUCUCAAUAAAUGAAUUCCAACGCUAACAUGUUGUAUUAGUAUAAUCAACAAGCGAAGUAAAGUUUGUAUUUAUAGUUUGAAAAAAAACAAACAAACAAACUUUAUACAUCAAGAAACACGUGAGUUCAUUGGAGUCACUAAAUUUAAUUAUGCUCAGACUUCAUAGCACAAGUCUAGUGGUGGGGUGGGGUGAAUGGGGGCAGGAUCGGAAAUUUCCAAUGAAAUUCUUGGAAAAUUGUGACUUGCAGAAAGUGGAUGACGCAACUGUAUGGAAUCCAAACUGAGACCGGAUCUUGUCACUGUUUACCAAUACACAUUUAGAUAUGAACCCAGUAUUGUCUGUUAUUGAAUACACUAAAAUAAGAAUUGUACAACGGAACCAAAAUACAUUUUUAUUUCUUUGGACAAAAAAAGGGAACAUUAACUUAAUGUCUUAUCAUAUCUAAUAUUAUCAUAUCUAAUCUUAUCUUAUUGUAUCUAAUCUUAUCAUAUGCAAUAUUUCAUAUCUAAUCUUAUCAUAUACAAUAUUUUCAUAUAUAAUCUUAUCAUGUCUAAUAUUAUCGUACUUUUCAUCAUUACUUUAUUUAUCUUAGUUUGUUAUUUAUUUAUCUUGAAUGUGAGUAGCACUAGCAGACAUAAUUUAUAACUCAAGCGGUAGUCUGCUUUACAUGAUGCUAUAGCUAAAGCCAUUGUCUGCUUUACACGAUGUUAUAACUCAAGCCAUUUCUGCUUUACACGAUGUUAUAACUAAAGCCAUAGUCUGCUUUACACGAUGUUAUAACUAAAGCCAUUGUCUGCUUUACACAAUGUUAUAACUCAAGCCAUAGUCUGCUUUACGCGAUGUUAUAACUCAAGCCAUAGUCUGCUUUACACGAUGUUAUAACUAAAGCCACUGUCUUCUUUACACGAUUUUAUAGCUAGAGCCAUUGUCUGCUUUACAUGAUGUUAUAGCUAAAGCCAUUGUCUGCUUUACGCGAUGUUACAGAUUAAGCCACUGUCUGCUUUACGUCAUUUAGAUUGACCUGUGUAUGGUUUAUACAUUUAAACAAUAACAGCAAACAUAGUUACCCUCAUCAAGAUACCAAGUAAGGGUUUUUUAAAAAGUUACUUUUCAUAAGUGACCGAAACAAGUUAGACUGCACACGUUGAGAACUAUUACCAGAUGUUACGUUUAUACACUAUAACACACAAUAGUUUGGAGGAGAGAGACUUCAUUAUUAUUUUUUUUUAAAGGUCAAAGGUCAAGCGUGGCCUGGCAUUCCUUCUAAUGAUCGCGUCGACAGACUGAGCCAGGAGACAAAUCGCUUUUCUUCCUAAUUUGGUCCUAGACUACUUAUUUGGCAUUAAGAUCAUUACCGGUGUAGGCACGCGACGAUUGGCUGAAAUGUUUUCACGUGUAGCCAAACAUAUCUCGCCGUAUACGAAUUCUCUCAGGGUCAUUAACAGACACUCAUGGGGAACUGUCCUGGGGUUCAUUCAGAGGCGUAUUAAUGGUGGUUCAAGAGGGGCGCGUGCGGUGCAUGCCAUCAAAUGGGCUCCUAAUCGGACAAGGAGGCUAUGGACGUAACAAUUUUACGCCCCCUUCCCCCCAAACCUGCCCCCGAAAAUAUAUGCACACACAGUAGUGGUGUUCCAGAACUUGCUAUAGACGCGGUUCGCCCUAGAUACGCCUCUGAACCGAUGCCCUCCCAUGAACACCUGUUAGAAGUUUUGGGACUUUUCCAUUGCCAUUAACGGUUCUGAAUUCCUUGAUGUCUCUACAACAUUCUAAUGGCAACAGUGGGUCUCUACUUUCAUUAUUCCCAUAUAACAUUAACCGUUUUCAUUAUUAACUUAAGACACUGACCAGUGGCGAUUACGUGUAAUGAUGCACGUGCUGAUUCUUAUAAACGUCGAAAUGUAAGCCCAUUCAAGCAGAAACACCUGGACUUUAGCACCAUGUGCACUUUGUCCAACCCCCCCCCUCCCCCCCACCCCAGGGUACGAGAUUUUUGUUUAACAAAACCCAAAAGUAAAAAAAAAAAAUUUUUUUAAAGAUUUAAAAACAAAUGAAAACAUAAUGUUUCAAGCGGUUCUUAAAUUUAGAGACCUGAGUGCGGCUCGGCCAGUCGGCCACAAAUCGGGGUUGACUCCAUAAAACAUGGUUCUUGUAAGGUUCUUGAAAAGAAAUUUGGCUCUCAAAUUUUUUAAAAUCUUCCUGAUUUUCGGCUCUUUUGACUAAUGAGUUUGCCGACCACUGAAUCAUUAGAUUAAAACUUUCAUCAGAGUCUUUGCAGUUCACAGAAUUUCAGCUCAUUAGGAUGGUAGAGAAUUUAUUUGAAAUUGCAUUUAAGAGAUGUUGAGCCAUGAACCACAGAACGGAACCCGAAACCAAAAGGAGCUUCCGAAAAUAGAGCCCACGACAUGGAUUACAAUUUAAAAAAAAAAAAAAAUGAAAUGGAAAUUAAAUGGGGAGUAUCUCGUUAAUUUAAACGAAAACUUUCUUUUAUAAAGGGGAGCAACUUUUACAGAUUUCACAAAUGUUUUUUUAAAAAAAAUAAUUAAAAACUAAUUUCAUUAGACAAAUCACGAAACGAAUGAUCCUUAAAAUGACUUCAUUGCUUCCACCAAAAAUGUUUAGCUUUAUAAAUGGCUUAACAAACAAAAAAAUAUAUAAAUUAAAAAAUGCACCAAUUCAGGUGGCACGCGUUGAGGAAAGGGUGUGUAAUGGUAAUGACGCAAUGAUUAAUUACAAUGUGUUGUAUAUUAUUCCACAUAACAACACCGCACUGGCGGGACAAUUUAUGCGUUUACUGCAUUUCUUACUCUGUCAUCGUAACAUUCUUAUUGUUCGUUUUUGUCUUGUUUUUUUAUGACAGCUGUCGUAGUAAACUAGGAAAAUUACAGCUUGACACUGAUCCAGUGGUUCCAUAAAGUUUAUAAUCAUACGAACCCACAGAAAUGAUCAUGUUUGCAUGACUUUUUUUUUUGUUUAAACCCCCGAUUUCCGAUCUAACAGGAGUCGUUACACACAUGAAUAUUUCGAUCAGAACCAAAGUCAUAUAUAAAAACAUCACAUAAUACAGGUGUGAAAAUGUGAAAACUUCCAUCCAAAAUGUGUUUUAUAUGUAAGGUUGCAGCUUGAAAAGUGUAACUUCAGUGUUACGACCCGAACAAGUCUUCUUUCUUCGUGUAGAGGGGCGGCAUUUUCGGUCAACUGCAGGGUUGUUGUGGGGUUGUUUUUCGUACAAGGGGGCGCCCAACCCUUAGCUACGCCACUGUUUCUGUAGGCAUAUCUCUGUACAUUUUUAAGACUCACGUAAAUUCCCCUGCAGAUCACCACCCCUUCCAACUUUCUAUUGAGCCUGAAUAUUCAAAGGGCUGCUUUGUUAAAUAAAUAGUUUUUAAGUAUUGCUAAAGGGGAAAUCAUCGCAUCUAUUACUCUCGCGAAUAAUGAAUGAUCUCCCUUCGUGUUUCCAGGCGCCUUCCUCAUUCCAUUCAUCAUCAUGUUGUUCAUCACGGGCAUCCCGAUGGUCUUUCUAGAACUGUCCUUUGGUCAGUACGCCAGUUCGGGUGUUGUUUCUAUAUGGAAGGCAUCACCUCUCUUCCAAGGUAAGAUUGGACUGCUCCUGUCAUUGUAAGGGUAACUGUACCAUUGGAGAUGUAUUGAACUAGAGUUUUUAAAACGCCAAGGACUACCAGGGGCGUCAUUUCAGGGGGUUUUCGGGGGGGGGGGGGCGAACCAAAACUUGGUCAGCUUGUUAAGUUGUUUAUUACUGGAGGCGCCACAGUACAUAACAAUUAAAAUAAAAUCUGCAAAUUCAGGGGGAGGGAAAACAAUUAGUUUUUAAAACGCCAAGGACUACCAGGGGCGUCAUUUCAGGGGGUUUUCGGGGGGGGGGGGCGAACCAAAACUUGGUCAGCUUGUUAAGUUGUUUAUUACUGGAGGCGCCACAGUACAUAACAAUUAAAAUAAAAUCUGCAAAUUCAGGGGGAGGGAUAACAAUUUGUGAUGAUGCUUUAUGGGUGUGUCUAUUUUUUGCGAUGGUGGGAAGGAGAGGGUAAAAAUAUUUGAAAUAGUGUGACGUCAUUUAUGGAUAUGUCACCAUUUAUGGAUGUGUCACCAUUUAUGGAUGUGUCAACAUUUAUUCCUCUACUUUAAAGAGAACAUCAGUUAAAGGACUUUGUCAUUUUGGCUUCAAAAAUGUUUUUCAAAAAUCCAAGCUACUGUAAAGUGUGACAAAGAAUAUUAGACGUGACGUCCUAUUUUCCAGGUGUUGGGUGGGCCAUGUUCAUUGUGUCCUGCCUCAUAUCCAUCUACUACAACAUGAUCAUUGCCUGGACGAUCUACUAUUUCUUUGCUUCCUUUGCUGAAGAGCUUCCUUGGGGAUACUGUGGAGACUGGAGCUCGAAAAGUUGGUGACACUUUCAGUACACAAUAGAGUGUGGAAGUGAUUACUUUGUGGCAAUUGUAGUGUGUGGCAGUUUUAGUGAGUGACAAUUGUAGUGUGUGGCAGAUUUAGUUUGUGACAGUUGCAGCAGUUUCAGUAAAUGAAUGUGUGACAGUUUUAGCGGUCUCAAAAAAAGGGGAGAAAAUUAUAUGACCUCUUUCCCUUUACCUUGAAUUUGAUGAUGGCUAUAUGUUGAAUGUUCAUUUGUAUUUUUAAUCAUCAAGGUUUUGUGGGGAAAGGAAAGGAGAAAUAAAUUUGUAAAGUAAAUAUAAAAGGAAGGGCAUUUUAAAAAAAAAUUCUUAUUAUUUCAACACAACUUAAAACAUGAACUAUUUAUAAACACUUAUUGGGUUAAAUCAGCAUCAUCCCUUGAAUGGAGUGAUUGCCUCUAGUUGAUGUUCUCUUCUUCUCAUGUCCAGACUGUCUGGCUGACCCAGCUGUCAUGUACAACUGUACUCAUCACAAUGGUGUCUGGUACAAUGACACGUGCCAUCACGUUGGUCAAGUCAGUGAAACCUAUAUCAACUACAUCAAAGAUCUGGCCAACUCAUCGGACAUCAAGUACACCUCAUCCAGUGACGAAUAUUUUAAGUAAGUAGUAAGUUGGAUAAAAAAUUAAACUGCAUUUAAACUGUUGAUUUAAUAUUAAUUUUCAUUCAUAUAAUUAAUGAAACUUUUAAAUGAUGAAUUAUUUUAAACUUAAAAAAAAAAAUCUUUGUAUAAUAAAUCACUCCAGAAAGUUACCAUUAGUUUAAUUUUUUUUAUUUCCAGCAAGGUAGUCUUGAACCGGACUGAAGGCAUUGAAUCUAUGGGAAGCCUAAAAUGGGAGCUAGCACUGUGUCUGUUGUUGGCAUGGUUUCUAGUCUGUGUAUGUCUAGCCAAGGGAAUCAAGUCAUCUGGAAAGGCGGGUAACUUUGCAUUUAAUGGCUCAAUUUAAAUUAAGUAAUGAAAUUUUACAAAUUAAACACUUAACAUUUUAAACUGCUGUAAAACAAAAAUUUAAAUAUCGUUACAGGCUGUUUAUUUCACUGCAUUUUUCCCAUACAUUGUCCUGACCAUUCUUCUGAUCAGAGGUGUCACCUUGGAAGGAUCUGGACAGGGCAUUGCUUACUAUCUAACUCCUCAGUGGGAUCAGCUGCUCAAUGCUAGAGUAAGUAAAACUGAUUGUUUCUGUAAACCUUGAACUUAAAUGUUAAAAGGAUCGUUUUCUUAAUGUUUAUAUUUAUUCAAAUGGAUAGACAAAUUAUAUGCUCUUGAUAAUUUUUUUAAAAAGUGAGAUGUUCAACAAAUUAAUCACACUGCUAACUGCAUGCUAUUUAGAUUUGUUGUUGAAGUCAAAUGUAUAAGGAAAAAGAUUUAAAAUGUCCCACAUCCUGAACAAUUUAUUUUUCAUACAGGAUGAUCUUAAAGAUUUUUUUUUUAAAAGUAAUAUGUCUGGUCUGUUCAACACUAAAUAUAAAUAUCUAAAUUAACUUAAAAUAAAAUCAAUCGAAAUAUUUUAAUAUAAAAAAUAAAAGUUUUUUAUCACCCCAACGGAUUUUAAAUAGUAACAAAGUUGUAUUCUUAUAAGAGGCUUCAUUCAUUCAAAUAAAUAAUAACUUUUUUAUCAUGCUUGUUCCAGGUCUGGAAAGAUGCAGCUGUUCAAAUAUUUUUCUCUCUCUCACCUUGCUGGGGUGGCCUCAUUACUUUAGCCAGCUACAACAAGUUUCACAACAAUUGUCUAUUGUGAGUUAACAUUAGAAAACAUGCCUUAGUCUAAGAAUGUAUUUUUAGUUAAUUAUAAUAUGUAAUGACAAGACCAUAGAAUUUUAACCAAGUGGAAAAAUGUCUGCAAGAAUUUUCAUGAACUUAUUUAAAAUUGUGAAUGUCCUUUUUUAAAUAGUUUAUAGAAAAGUUUCUUUAAUCAGAUGUAGUACUAAAAAAUUUAAUGAUACUUGUAGUGAUAAAAAAAUAGAUAUUUUGUUCCAUCACGCAUGUUGGUUUAAAAAUAUGUUUAAGAGCAAAAUAUCAUUGUGUUUUCCCUUUGUUUUUUAAAAAGGGAAAAAUAUUUUUGCUUACAUCAUAUUUUGUUGUAUUUAUAUCAACAGAAAUCAAACUCAUAUAAACAAUAAUAACAUAUAUGAUUUGCAAAGUUUUAGCAUCUGUGAUGAAAUUUAUUUAUGUCUGUAAAUGUGUGCAGCUUAGUUGAAAACUAGGUAUUUGAAUGUUUUAUUUUUCCUAGAAUUUUAAAACUGCACUAUAAAUAAAAAAUAAUAAUCAAAUAUCUAUCUUUCUAAUCCCAUCUAGUGAUGCUAUUCUAGUUUCCAUCCUUGAUUCACUGACCAGUGUGUUUGCAGGACUUGUAAUAUUUUCAAUUAUUGGUUACAUGGCUAAUGAGCUCCACCAGUCAGUGGACAGUGUAGCAAGUGACGGUAAGACAGAUGUCAGGAACUUAAUUUCUUAAUUUAGAAAACAACUGUGUGUAAAUUGAAUCUUAAGGCUAUCAAAAUAUUUGGGUAACUCUUUUUCGUUUCGGCCAAUUGUAUUCAAAUUACAACCAAAAAAAAUGUUUUUUAAGAACAACUUUCAAAAUAAUAAUAAUGGUCAAAGUAAUUAAAUUGUUACCUGUAAUUUGUUUGGCAAUGAGUGAAGUACAUGAUUUUAGCGGUGACUUAUUUUUAAAAAUCCAAUGAGUUGAUUUAGAGCAUUGAAAAAUAAAUUUUUAAUUUAAAAAAACUACAAAAAUGUAGGUGCUCUAGUGUUAGAUUAGGUUUAUAUAUCAGACUAGUUGAGUUUCUCAUCCUAUUGUAAAUGAGAGUUUAUUAUAAUAACUUUCAGGUCCUGGUCUGGCUUUUGUUGUCUAUCCAGCUGUUGUAACCAAACUUCCUGUAUCACAACUUUGGUCUGUUCUUUUCUUCUUGAUGUUAAUAACACUUGGCCUAGGAACUCAGGUUUGUGUAUUACAACAAAUUGCAUGUGCACACAAAAAAAUUUUAAAAAAUUAUAUUAAGCCUAUGAAUUUUAAAUUAAUGAAACACAUGCAUGGCUAGUUUAAAAAAUAUGUUUUAGCUCAUUAACUUUAGAAAGAUGUAACUAAAAACAUGUAAUGAAAUGGAAAUUUUAUUUGAUUAAAUUAUAAGAAAUUAUUAGAAUAGUUUAUGUGGGUCAGAAAGAACACAGCAUUUUAAAUAAAACAAAAACUUAUAGAUUAAAUAAUGCUUAAAUGAAUGGAAUACCAUGAAUAUUGAUUUUUUUUUUUUUAAUCGACCACCAGAGCUAAGCACUUGUUAGCUGUAGCCAUCCAUAAAACAAUGUGAGCUACUGUGAACAAUUUCCAGUAAUAUAAAUACUAUGUACCAUCUCCAAUAAUAUAAAUAUGUAAAUAAUUUUUGUACAGAUAGCUACUGUCACAACUGUUCACACCACGAUCAUGGAUCAGUUCACAGAGUUUUUCAGACCAAGCAAGAGAUCCUUUAUCUUAUUGUUGGCAAUAGCUGUCACUGGUUACCUUAUUGGCUUGUCUUUCUGUACUCAGGUAGGGAAGAAAAUUUGGUUUGUCCUAAUUGUUCAAUUAGCUGAUUUCAUGUAAAGAUCAUAACACAUAAAAAUAGAGAACAUGUUUUCUUGUCUGAAAAGGAUUUCUACCCCUCUUAUUUCUACCCAUCAUGUUUCUACCCAUCAUGUUUCUUAUUUUACUUUUCAUUCUUCUUCUUCUUACUAUUCUUGUUCUUUUUCAUUAAAAAAAAUAAUUAAAAAAUAUGGAUUUACAGUUAUAGAUAUGCUAUUUUUAACAUCAAGUUUCCAAGGAAUCUUUAAAAAUCUUUCUACUUGCAUUUCCAUCUUGUGGAUGGAUUUUUAUUUUUUGUUUACACAUGUGACACUUAAACUCAGUUGAUCAUUUUCUCAUGAAGUGGUCAUCUGAAAUGUGUUGAUUGUCUUGUUUCAACUGAGUUGUGUCUUCUUCAUUCCUUUGGAGGGUGGGUGGGUGACGUCAUAAAAGAGCUGUAUGAUUUUGAGGCUUUAACAAAAAAAAAGUAAAGUAAAUGAUACUUCUUUUGUCGAUAAAAUAAAGAUUGAAGUUUUAAUACUAAAAAUUAGCAAAUAAGAAAUAUUAAAAAAUCUUUAAGAAAAAAGACUUUCUAUCAAAGAUGAGUAAAAGAAAGUCUGUGUAGAAAUUAUUUUAGAAAAUUAAUCAAAAUAAAACAUAUUUAAGUUUUAUCUAUGUUCGAUUCCAAUCCUUUAGCUUCAUCAACACUUCUGCACAGUCUUUUUUUUUUUUUUUUUUUUUUUUAUUCCUUUUUAUUUUAUUUUUUUUUUUUUUUUUUUUUUUUUUUUUUUUUUUUUCCACACCUCUCCCCCCUUUUUUUUUUUUUUUUUUUUUUUUUUAAUGCAUUUUUAAGAAUAUUUAAUUAUUUUCUAACUUUUAGCGUAUUUAAACUCAUCUUUGUUAGAAAGUGUUUUUUUAAAAUUCUUUUAAAAAUAUUUUUUAUUGUAUUUUGAUACAUGUUAAAUAAUUAAUUUGUUGUUUUAAAAAAAUUGCCUCUUUGCUAAAAAAAAUUGUUAUUCAUCUUAACUGGAAAUUGUAUAGUUUAAAUAAUCUCCCCAAAGUGUUUAAAUUUAUUUUAAUACUAAGUGUAAUUUAACUACCACUGAAUAUUCUAUGUUUCGUUGUUACAUCUGUCAAAAUAACUAUUAAAUUAAAUUGUUAAAUCUGUCCACAGGGAGGCAUGUAUGUUGUACAGUUGUUUGAUAACUAUGCAGCCACAUAUUCCUUACUUGCCAUUGGACUUGUUGAGUGUGUGGCUCUAUCCUGGGUCUAUGGUAGGUGGAUCAGUUGCUGCGUGGAUGUUUUCCAUGCAUUUAAAUGUUUGUAAUGAAGUCCAUGAUAGAAUUGUAACAGAAAGGUCAUUUCCUAGAAUUUGAUGUGCAAUAGUGGUCUAGGGAUGACCAGUAUGGUUGAUUUAAUAUAUAAUGAAAACAUGAAAAUUACACAAUGUUUUUCACUGGAUAUAUGUUUGGCCAAAUAAUAAUAAAAAUCUGUUACUGGUGGAGAUGAUUUUUUAACCCACCAGAAGUUGAUGAAUUUAAUUUAUUGUUAACCUUAAAUUCUGUUGAGAUGUGUCCAAACAAUAAAGAACAAAAUUCAACUUAAUUUACUGUAAUCUGUUUAAUCUUAGGCAAUAAUCCUAAAGUUUUAAGUAUUGAUUAUUAAACCUGUCAACUUUUAAAAAAGUGGCAGUUUAAUAAAAUCCUGUCAACAAAUCUUACUAAAAUGAACCAUGCAGCCAAACACAACCCCUCCCCCCCCACUUCUUCAAGAGUGAAUAAACUGAUACUAAUAUUAUUUUAUAUUUUUCUAGGAGCUUCCAAAUUUAUGGAUGACAUCGAGUUAAUAUAUUGAUUAUUAAACCUGUCAACUUUUAAAAAAGUGGCAGUUUAAUAAAAUCCUGUCAACAAAUCUUACUAAAAUGAACCAUGCAGCCAAACACCACCCCCCCCCCCCCACUUCUUCAAGAGGGAAUAAACUGAUACUAAUAUUAUUUUAUAUUUUUCUAGGAGCUUCCAAAUUUAUGGAUGACAUCGAGUUAAUGCUGGGCAAACGGCCGAGUCGACUGUGGAGUAUCUCAUGGAGCUUUGUUACACCUAUUGCUCUGCUGGUGAGUUGUAGUCACUUUUAUCCCCAGGAAUGUCAUGGCACAUGUGGUUAAUAAGCACAUAUGAAAGCAGAAAUGUUGCUUCAAAAAAACAUGUUGGCAUUACUAGUAAAUGCUUUUGGCUAUGUCUGCUGAUGUCGGUAUUGACUAAAAGUUACAGUUUGUGCAAAUAUAAAACUAUGAAUAAACUAAUUGUAAUUGCAUCUAGGAAAAUGUAUUACUUUUACUCUAUACCUGCUAUAACUAUAUUUAUUGAAUUAACAGUUGCUUAUUAUAAAAGUGGGACAAAACAUUAACAGGCAGUAAACAAUUUAAACAUAUUUCUUUUGUUUUUUUGAAAUAGUUGGUGAAAUAAAUCAGUGCUGUAAAAGUGGGUGGGACAAUAGAAUUGUAAUAAAAAAUAAAUUAAUAAAAAAUGCAUACAAAGGAUUUAUUUGAAAAACAAUGUUUUUAUGGGAUUUUUAAUUUUAUUGUUGUUUUAAGAAACAAGAAAUAAAAGGGAAGUAUUCUACUACUAAAUUUAUUAACUACACAUUUUUGAUGAAUAUGAUUUUUGUUCCUUUUAAGUGUAUGAAAUAUAAAAAGAUUGACCAUUCAACAAAUUAUUGCACCCACAUCCAUUCAUGUGGCUGUUGAGUUUUAAUACGUUCUUCUUAAAAAAUAUAUAUUAAAAAAAUGGUGACCACCUUUUGACCAUGUGCCCAUCCUAUUACAGUUAGGCAUGCCUCAUUUUAUUAACUCAUCAAUACAUGAUGGCCAUUGAUCUUUUUACAGAUAAAUCCACAAGGCAUUUCAGUCUCAUGUCAAGAUGAUACUUAAUUUAUUUCAGAUCAUCCUGAUAUUUACCUGGGUUGAUUUUCACCCCACCAGCUAUGGCGACUACAUGUUUCCUGUUUGGGCUGAAGGGAUCGGUAUCAUCAUAACAUUAACCUCUGUCUUGGCCAUUCCUGUUGUGGCUUUCUACAAAGUGAUCAAAGGUGUUAUAAGUAUGCGCAGCAAGGGUCUAGUUGAGGUUAGUUUAGACAGUAAUUUUCUUUGUGACUUACUGAUAUUUUAUGUUAUAAUUAUGGAGAGAGAGAAGCUUAUUUGAAGUUUGCAGAAAUCAGAGAAUUGUGAGCCAUGGCUAAUCAUGCAGCUUAAUGUCUAAAAACGUGAAUUUUUUUGUGUUUUCAUUAUAAAAAGUCAACUUUAAGCAUCCAUAAAUAAUAAAUUAGAUAUUUUCUAUAAAACUGAAAAUCAAAAAAAUAUUAAUAACAUUGCUUAAUGUAUAGUUAAUCACAUUUACAAUUAUUUGAUAGCCUAAUAGCAGCUUGGUCUUUUUAGUGAUAACUUCUUCAAGAAAUUAAAAAUAUAAAGGUUGAUAGGUCAUAAUUUUUACAAAUUAAAAUUAAUUUUUUUAUUUUUGUAAACACUCAUUCUUAAGAUUCAAACAUGUUGAUUUAAACUAGCAAAAAGCAUUUAAAAAAUGUAUUUAAAUUUUGUGUCAGUAACCUAAUACUUUAAAGCUCCAUGUUUUUUAUAAUUUUGGAAUGAUUUUUAUUCCAGGUCAUAAAACAACUGACAAGACCAACACAAGAUUGGGGACCAAGGCUUAAAAUUCAUCGAAAAUUAGUCAGCAAGAACCAGGAGGUGCCACCCGAUGCCUAUGAUUCCCAGUGCCCAAUGAUGCGUCUUGAUUCAGAUCACUUCAUUUUGGAAAAGACAGAGGAUAAAGAAAAUGGCAUAGCAUAGAACAACUUAGAUUAUAUUUGUUCAAAGAUGAAGUUAGUGAAAACGAAUAGAAAGAAUAUUAGACUUAAAUCUGAAAUAUAAAAAAUUUGGUUAUUAAUAAUGUUUAAGUUGUUUUUAUUGUUUUAAUUGAUCUCAGCAUGGUUCAGUUUCACCUAUUAACUAGCUUGUAGUUUGUGCAUAGUUGAUUUUAAAUAUAAUGAGGGAGAUUGAGAUUAAGUUAUAAAAAUAGGUGAUAAAAAAAAUACAGGGUAGAGACAAUUUUUAAGAAAUAAAAGAUGCAAACAACAAAUGUGUUGCAGAAACCCAACCUCAUUUAAACAGCAAAACAACAAUUUUCUUUUCAUAUUUUCAUUAUUUUUUACUAGACAUUAGUUGACGUACUUAUAAGCCUACUAAAAGAAUGGCUAUCAAUUUAAUUGAUUUUCAAGUUUCCCAUUAAGACUAAGCAAGUAAAAAAAGCUUGAUCUUUGCUGCUAAGUUUACUUGAAUGAAACCAAGUCUUGAUUCUUCAUAUUUAUAUGUAAAAAAUAAUUACUUCUUACACCUUUGUUUGAAUGAAAACAUUGUCUUUCUAAGAAAUAUUUCUUUUUCCAAUAUUGUUAAGAUGGACAAACUAAAACCAUCAUUCUUUGAUUUUGAACCAACUUGUAGCCUGUUUUAAAAUUUCCUUACCUUAGUUAGAAUUUUUUAAAAUGAGUUUGUUUAGUUGUAAAAAAUGUUACGUUUCAAAAUUUGAUGUAUUGGAAGUUUUAUGGCUUGGCAAAGUGAGCUCAUCAAUAACAUAAUACUUCUCUGAUUGAUAACAUGUAUGUUGACAAUAUUCUUAUUUUUUGUUGUAAAAUUUUAACUUCAUCUGCUAGACAUUGCCAGUGGUUUUUUUGAAUGUGCAACUUUGAUCAACUUCAAAAUCCAAAGUUGCCAUCUAAGCAUUAUUCCACUUAUACAUUUAUUAAAAAAAUAUAUUUUUGAAUUUUUACAUCAAAGUUCAGUGUCAAGUCUUAUAUUUUAAUUACAAGCUAACAGUUGUUUUGGAGGAUUUAUGGUUCCUCCUUUGUGUUCUCCAGUCAAAAUGUGGAAAUUAUUAAUAAAAUGCUUCUAUAAUUCCCUUGUUCUCCUGAAGCCAAUAAUAACUUAGCUUUGCCUUCCUGCCAUGAUGCCUUCACCGGACUCUAUCCCCACGAUAGCCCAUAUAUACAAUAGCAUGCAACAAUUCCCAGUAUUAUUAAAAUCAACCCUUUUGACUGGAACAAAUAAAAUCUUUUUUGCGCUUUUUUUUGGUUUGGUUUUUAGACAAUAAUAGAAGGGAAAAAACAUGGCUCAGAAAAUAAAUAUCUAUUUGAAAAUUUAAACAAAAAAUAGAGUUUUAGUAUCUGGUGCCUUGCAGAAUUCUUUGCAGAGGGCUGUGAAUCCCAGUUCGGAAUCACUGUGCUGUGGGCGUCAAAUCAUUCCCACCUGCACCUGCAUCAUUUUUUACAGCAUUUCAUGUGAUAUCAUUAUAUCAUUACAUAUUUUUUCAUGCAGCAUUCUAAUCAUUUACAUACAGGAAUAUGUUGGCAUAUAAUGGGCUUUAUGGGUUACAAGAUUUAUUUUUAUGAAUAAGUUAUAAUAUUAUUUUACAAUGCUACUGCUUGAAAUAGUAAGCUGUACAAUUUAGUGACAUGCAGGCUUUAUCUAAUUUAUCAUUUGUGUUUAGCAUUAGGAUAUAAAAUAUUAUAGAAUAUUUACGUACUGUAAAGUUUAAAAUUGUGAUUGAUUUUCCUCCUUAAAAUUGUAAAAUGUGUGCCUAAAUAUUUAAAAUAAAAACUUUUUUUCUAGACGCUUCAGAAAUGUUUUUUGUUUAAGUUCCCAAAUUAGAGAGAAAAAAUCAUUGCCAGAAAGACUUAUUUAUCAAUAAGCCCUAUCAGGCUCUAUACCAAUUUUGUCUGGUGUUAAAUAUUUAGGUCUAUUAUGUAUUAUAUUAAUACUGUUUAGUACCAACAAGAUUGGAGUUGCAUACAUGGUAGUUUGUUUUGAUGCAGUUCUGGUCAGAUUGCAUAUCAUUUUAUUUUGCAUUUUAAAAAUUUGAAUGAACACCAUUUACAUAUUUAUCUUUAUUUCUAGCUCCGAAAAAUAUUUGGUUCACAUGUUACCAGGAUUCCCCAAACGAUGUAAUCUUUAUUAUAAUUUGCACCUAUAGAUUGAGAGGUUACAAGCUACAAACAUAAUUUAUUUACAUAGGCCAACAUUUUUUCCUCUUUAUAACUUUAAAAGAAAAUGUUUUAUUAUGCUAAAACACAUGACAACCAUAAUUAAUUUUUAACUGUUAUUUUAAUAGGCUGUUGAUUUUAAAGAUUGUAUUUGCCAAUAUCAACAGUUAAAUAAAUCAACCCAUGUAUAUUAUGUGUAUCGUGUAUAAUGUUGGCGAGUUAGCUCCUUAGAGUUUUGUGUGUGUGUGUGUUACUUAGAGAAAUGCUUAUAAUUACAUUUGUGUCAAUAAGUAUUAAAUAGCAUGCCUUUGAUCACGUGUGAAUUAAACAAGAGGCUCUUGUAAAGUUUGAUGGUUCAACUUAUAAGGAGUAUGAUUUGCGUAAAUAUAUAUAUAUAUUUUUUUUUUAAAAUUCGUUCAUCUAAUGCAAUUUGAUUAAACCAAGUUGACAUAUUUUUUUCCUCCCUGACAUAAAGAAAUACAUUUUAAAAUGCUUGAUAAUGGUUUUCAAUGGAAACUCAAAUGCAUUAACAAAAAAUUGAAAAUUUGAAAGCAGAUAUCCAUUUAAAGGUUUCCAUGUGUUAUCGUUAAGUUCCAGUGCACCUAUAAACAACAUUUGUAUCUGCAUUUUGUUUCAGUUUGAUCUCCUCCUCUUCAGUAGAGUAAUAAAACGAUUGAUCGUGGGCCCUUAAUAUAUAGAAGAACAACAAAAACAGUUUAUAACAAGCUUGUAAUUCUUUGUCUUUAAUAGAAAAAUAAUUGUAAAAAUGACUUCCCUGGAUUUUCAAUUGACUUAUAAGUUCUUUUCAUAUAGCCCUAGUGACUUGGUUAUUUUAAUCUUAUUAAUCUCAC